AAACAUCUAUUUUUCAAACUGACCUCCUUUUCCUUGUUGUGUUUAGUCAGAGGUCAGCCGGGGGGUAAAAUCUAUUAAUACCACCAGUUGGUGUGCUGAAAACCAGAACGAGGACGAGGCAAUAUGCAGAAGGCUGUUUAUUGUGAAAUGGCUUGCAGAGCUGACACUGAGCCUAAACCCCAAAGCUUUAAAAUCACUGCUGUCUCUGAACAGAUACACAACCUUGAGGAGGAUGAAUCUACUUUACACGUGAAAGACUCGGAGCCUGAUCCAAUCCCAGAUGGUACUCUGCAGGUAGAGGGAGAGAUUUUUUAUGUCAACCGUCAACGACUGGCCCUGCAGAGUCCAUACUUCAGGGCUCUGUUUUUUGGCUGUGGCAUUGAGAGCACCAAAAGGAGAGCUGAGAUCAAAGGUGUGGCUGUGAAGCAUUUCAGGGUUUUGAUGGAAUACAGCAGGAAAUCUAACCUGGCUCUGGACAGAGAAAAUGUUCUGGGGAUCCUUGAGACUGCAGACUUUCUACAGCUGGAGCGAGCCAGGCUGCUGUGCUGCAAGUUCCUUGAGCGUGAGCUGCAUCUUAGUAAUUGUCUUGGAAUGAUGGCCUACGCCUGGCGGCUGGGCUGCACUCAGCUCUACAAGGCAGCCAGACAGGUGGUGCUCUCACACUUCCCUGCUAUUGUUGCUGAAGAGGACUUCCUUUCCCUGUCUAAGGAGACUAUAGCAGACCUUCUUGCCAGCGACGACCUGGCCAUCCAUAAAGAUGAUCUGGCCCUGGAGGCCAUCCUGCGCUGGGCGUCAUUUGACCCGAAACGAGAAGAACAUUUUCUGGAGCUCGUCGAGCUGGUGAGGCCUGAGUCGCUCUCCCUACCAUUUAUCACUGACCUUUUGACCAGAAUGAAAAGCUCGGACCCCAGAGCCAAGCUCAUCUGCGUGCUGAAUGAACGUUUCCCGGCAGCUUGGUCCAUGGGCAGGUCGAUGAAGAGGACCAGAGCCAGAGAGACCCUCUUUGUCCUGGGCGGACCUCACGAUCAGGAACAACAGGCUCUUUACCAGUUUCACCCACUGAGUGGUCGAUGGCAGAGCUGCGCACCUCUGCAGAGGAAGAACCUCACACAGUACUCGGUAGCUGCAGUAGGAGACAGUGUGGUUGUGACGGGCGGCUACUUCCGGGACGUGCUGUGGUUCUGUGUGGACUGGGUCAGGAUAUAUGAAUGUGGGAACCAGCGCUGGGUGGACGGGCCGGCCCUGCAGAAGUCCAGGCACAGCCACUGCUCCAUAGGGCUGGACUCAGUGUUGUAUGUCCUGGGGGGCAGCAUGGAUGAAGGGCUUGUAGCUGAUGUGGAAAGGCUGGUCCUGGGGUCAGAGGAGGGCUGGGAGGAGGUGAGCUCCAUGGAUACAGCUGUGGAGAGGGCAGCCACCGCCGCCCUGGGGUCGUAUAUCUACGUCGCGUGUGGCCUGGAUGAAAACGGGGAGGCGUACGGUGGAAUUCAGAGGUAUAUGACAAAGGAGGAUCAGUGGGAUGUCAUCUCCUAUUCUCCAUUUCCACGAUAUGACCUGGUUGCCUCAGAGCUCAACGGUGCCCUCUACCUGUUUGGGGGCCAAGCUCUGCGCUUUGACGUGGAGACGGAUGAGUGGACCUUGCUGGAGGAAGAUUGUCUGGACAGGAAGUUCUUCUCCGGCUGCACAACGGUCAGCAGCCAGAUAUACCUGGUUGGUGAGAGGAAGAGUAACAAAGCAUUCCCGAACAUGAUUCUGAUGGACCCUUAUAUAGACACUUGCAUUGAGGUGGACGAUGCCAUACCCUGCCCCGUGCCCCUCAGAGGCUGUGUCACCAUGAAAAACGUCACGUGAUGGUGUGUGUGACGAGCAUGAACGAAAAUGCGUUAAUCUAGUCUAUGUCACACUGUUUGGAGUUAUGUAUAAGUGUACACUGGAAGUGUCAUUCUUGCCUUAAACACAUCUGCUUUAAAGCACUGUAUUUUAUAUAUUAACAAAGCACUCCUCGGCCAAUGACCUGGGUAUAUCACAUCACAGCUCAACCAGCGCUGCACUAGCUGCCAAGAUGUUCCCCAGACAGCCAGCAAACUAAUACUGAGAUUAGGAAACUACCUUUCAAAUUGUAUGAAUAUUUACAAGGCUGGAUGCACUGAUCCAUUUUUAAUCAGUUUAAAGGAAAAGUUUGCCCAAACAUUCAAAUUCAGUCAUCUACUCACUCCCAUGCAGGUGACAUGUAAGUAGGAUGAAGUUUUGUUGUCUACAAAACAUUUCUGGCGUAUCACAGGAAAGCAGUGUUGCAGUGUUCCCCUGAACAGCUGAAGUAGAUGGGCACACUUAAGAAACAUAAUAUGGCUCUAUGCUGUUUGUCUCCUGAAGCUCUAAGAUUCCGAAUUGAUCUUAAAAAGAAGUUAUUCACAUACCCGAGAUGCAGUUAAGCUUGUUCACCCACUUCUGACGGGGUGUGGGCCAACACCUUUACCUCAGUGGCUACAGCGAAAAUUACAUCUUUGAAAUGAUCUUAGGACUUUGGGAUGCUUUGAUAAUGAUGGACAAGCUAUAUAAAGCCAUUUUUAUGUUAUUUAACUUGUUUUUUUUACACUUUAUACCAAGUCCCCAACUACAUCAGUUGUUCAGGAGAAUGCUUCAUCACUGUCUGUGGACAACGACACUUCAUUUGGCUUUCUGGUAUGGGGGUAGGUAAUGAUAUUAAUAAUAUUUGUGCUGUGGUUUGUUUAUAGUGAUAUGUACAGUUUUGAUGCAUCUUUGCUUUCAGUUCAAUUCAAUUCAAUUCAAUUCAAAGGGGCUUUAUUGGCAUGCAAGUUUUACCAGCAAUAUUGCCAACGCAUCUUAUCCAAACUUCUGGACAUUAACAAUCAAUUAACUUAACUUUGUUGUUGUUGCUUUUACUGUCUUAUAGGCACAAGGCACCCAUGAAAAAGAGAGCAACUGCUAUCAGUGGGUCAGCCUGUAUA